AACAUCCCAAAGAUUCUCAGUGGGGCUGAGCUCUGGACUCUAUGGAGGUCAAUCCAUGUGUGAAAAUGACAUCUUCUGCUCCCUGAUCCACUCAUUCACAAUGUGAGCCCAUGAAUCCUGGCACUCUCAUCUUGAAACAUGCCCGUGUCAUCAGGGAAGAAAAACUCCAUUGAUGGAAAGACCUGGUCAUUCUGUAUAUUCAGGUAGUCAGUUCACCUCAUUCUUUGGGAACAGAACAUUGCUGAACCUAGACAUGAUCAACUGCAACAACCCCAGAUCAUAACACUGCCCCAACAGGCUUGUAUGGUAGGCACUAGGCAUGAUGAGUACAUCACUUCAUCCGCCUCUCUUCUUACUGUGCUGCGUCCAUCGCUUUGGAACAGGGUAAAUUUGGACUCAUCAGACCACAUGACGGACCGCAUUUCUUCCCUGAAGAUGAUGAUUCACCACUAUCCUUCAGGUUUUAGUGACGUGUUGGACGGUUCUUACCCUGAUUUUAGUAGUUUCAGAAAUCUCCUCAGUUCAUGAAUGCCAUGCAUGAUUGGACAAUUUAUAGGAAUUGUAUCAUGCUUGACACCACUCAUUGUCUUGCUUUUCACAUAGUAUAUUUCCUUCAUAUCAAGUAUCUAUAACAGUACCUUGCCAGAUGUUCAUUUGUUUGCAUUCAGCAUGCUGCUAAUUAUAUGCAUUCGGAUGAGAAGGUUAUGUUGCUUACAUGAAAUCAAAGAAAAUGUGACACACUUGUCACGACACAUAGGUAAAUUUCAUUAGAAACCAUUAAAUUUCCAGGUGACUCAUUUUCUGUCUUCGGUAGUGCAGGUUUGGGGGUUUGUGAUCUAAUGAACUGUUAUAAAACUGUUCCAAAGCAACACUCGAGCAGAGUCCCUGCCAAACACAAAUGUCUGUCAUUCUGAAAUAAAUGGUUAAAUCAGACCAAGUGUCCUCUCUGAACAAUAUCAAAUAGUAUUUACUCGAUGCAACUCCAGUUCUACGAGCGUGUAGGAAAAAGAACAAUUUUGUAUUAUGUUUUUCAAUAUUGCAAAUUUUACGUUGUUGAUGAUGAUGUCAGAGGAGAACACUGCUAUUGGACGAGGAUAUUGUGAGGACAGUUGGACAGUUAAACAUGGAGGUCUGUAGGGCUUGACAUGCUUCUUAUCCACAUGUCUGAACCACUUUUAAAGGCUUAAACUUCUAACAACUAAUCCUACAAAUGAGGACUUUCACAACUCCACCUUGAAAACAAAAAUACAGACGAGGUCCAUUGUGUCCCCUCUGUCAGUUCAGAUGUCAAAUAUAACCCAUAUUACUAUACCUACUAUAUUAUAUCUUGAUUAAAUUCCUUUACUGCAGUUGCAGACUCUAUAGUUAUUAUUCACCCCUUUAAACUGACUGGCUCAGUUUCCUUCAGUCUGCUGACGUCUGAUUCAGUUAUUGAUCUACAGAUGCUGCUGGCUCAUUGCCUGCUGUCUUUGAACUCUGAUCUCUGACUAUAUUCCGCUGUACAAUCCAGGACACAGGUUGUUAUUCUGCCUCACUGAAAAGAGAUACUGAGAACACUUCUACUUAGACUGUAGAGAAUACUGGGAAUACUGGAAACACCGUAAACACUGGAGAUACUGGAAUGCUGCCACUUCAACCUGCUGCUGACUCCACACUCUGAACCAGUUCUACACUUUUCAAGGAGCAGAGUGUGACUCUCACAUUUCCUGUUGCAGCCGUCGACCUGCUGUGUUUUCAGCUUCACUCAGAGACUAAAUGGCUUCCAGAUUAGAGGAGGAUCUCUGCUGUCCUGUCUGCCAUGACAUCUUUAAAGAUCCUGUCAUCCUGUCAUGUAGCCACAGCUUCUGUAAAGUCUGUCUGCAGAGCUGGUGGACUGAGAAUCCAAACCGUGAGUGUCCAGUUUGUAAAAGACAGCACUUAAAUGAUCUGAUACAUCCUAACAUGGUGUUGAAGAAUCUGUGUGAGAUUUUCUUACAGCAGAGAGGUCAGAGAUGUUCAGAGUUUCUCUGCAGUCUGCACUUUGAGAAACUCAAACUCUUCUGUCUGGACCAUCAGCAGCCAGUGUGUGUCGUCUGCAGAGAUUCAGAAAAACACUCCAACCACACAUUCAGACCCAUCGAUGAAGCUGCACGACAACACAGGAAGCAACUUCAGGAAACUCUGGAGCCCUUAAAGAACAAGUUAAAGGUUUCUGAACAAGCUAAAGUCAACUUUGAUCAAACAGCAAAACACAUUCAGGUCCAGGCCCGACACACAGAGAGGCUGAUUCAGGAUGAAUUCAAGAAGCUUCACCACUUUCUUAAGAAGGAAGAGGAGGCCAGGAUGGCUGCACUGUGGGAGGAAGAGGAGCAGAAGACUGGGAUGAUGAAGGAGAAGAUGGAGGCUCUGAGCAGAGAGAUAGCACAUCUUUCAGACACAGUCAGAGCCACAGAGGAGCAGCUGAGAGCUGAAGACGUCUCAUUCCUGCUAAACUACAAGGCUGCAGUGGAAAGAGUCCAGCACUGCCCCCUGCUGGAGGAUCCACAGCUGUACUCAGGAGCUCUGAUAGACCAGGCUAAACAUCUGGGCAACCUGAGCUUCAACAUCUGGAACAAGAUGAAGGACAUGGUCUCCUACACUCCUCUGAUUCUGGACCCAAACACUUCUGAUUCAAAACUGAUCCUGUCUGAAGAUCUGACCAGUGUGAGAGGAGGAGUUAAACAGCAGCUUCCUGAUAAUCCAGAGAGGUUUAAAGAUCACUUCUCAGUCCUGAGUUCUGAGGGCUUCAACUCGGGGACUCACAGCUGGGAUGUUGAGGUUGGAGAUAGUUCAGGCUGGUCACUGGGUGUUUCAGCAGAAUCCGUCCAGAGGAAAGGAAACAUACGACCUGCAUUAUGGAUAAUAUUGUUCUAUAAGGAUGAACACAAAGCAUUCUCCCCAUCACGUCUCCCCAUUGUUGUCCCAGUGCAGAACAAACUCCAGAGGAUCAGAGUGAAUCUGGACUGGAACAAAGGAAAACUGUCGUUCUCUGAUCCUGAUACUAACACACACAUACACACCUUCACACACACCUUCACUGAGAGGAUGUUUCCAUAUUUUUACACUUGGUCAAGUGAGCCACUAAAGAUCCUACCAGUGAAGGUGUGUGUGACUGUAGAACAACACUAACAGAUGAUGAUGAUCUCUGUCACUAACAUGCAAACUCUCCAAAACCCACAGACAAGGAGAAGAUUCCACAACAGGACUUUGUGAACUCUGAACACAAACACAGAAAACAGCAACAGACUUUGGACUGACAUAAAGAAAACAGUCUUUGUAUCCGUACAUCUUUCUCAAUCAGUGUAUUGUUUGACAUGGCUAUGUUGUGAUCAGAAUAAUCAUCGGUUCAUAGGAUUAUUUAGACAAAGAUUAAUAUUACUGUAGAAACACUGAAAAACUUUGAUCAUCAGAUCAGUUCUGAAUGUGUUCUGUUCAUUUUCUGAUAGGAAAUUAGCUUUGAUCGUUAACUACAUAUAUUACUGAAUGAAACUUUAAACUGUGAUUUCAUUUUCUUUUUACAUGUGAGCUGAAAUUGUGCUUUGAGUGGCAUUUUAUUUGCAUUUCUCUUUUCUUUCAAAUUUAAUCAUGAAUAAUGUGGUUUGAGUAUCUUUUGAUGUGUUUGCAAAUUUGUAGUUUAAGUUUUGGGUAAAAUUCUAAUUUGGGGUAAAACAUACAUUUACAUAUUUCUCUUGGGAGGGCAAUAAUUUAGUCCUUUUGUCUUUUUUCUUUCCGUUUUACUUUGAAUUUGUUAAAUGCUUUAAUAUUGUGCAUUUUGGUUGAAGGUUUCUGUUCAGUUACUGGGGUUUGUUCCAUUCUGUUUGGUGGCAGGUUCUUGUAGUUUGCAGCUUUUAAUCCUGAAGUGACAGAGAACCUGAGUAGAGCUUUAUGCUCAGAUCACAUGUGAGGCUCUCUGGGAGUAACUGCAUAGCAGCGACUUUCUGGACCAACCUGUGUCCAGUAAAUCCGUUACUGAUGUUAAAAUAAACCUCUUUUUUAGUAACAACUCAUGUGCGGUCUCUCCUGCUUUCUUCAGCCUGGGGCCUCCUGGUGACGACAUUCUGGUUGUUUCUGUGUUUUAAUGAGUUUUUAAUAAGUUUAACUCUGAGCAUCAUAGCUGAGCUGACAGCAGAGCUCUUAGGUAGCAGCUGGGCUGAUGCUGCUGAAAACUCCUGAUUCCAUCAAUGAUAAUGGCGUUUCAGUUCACUUUGAAGAGUUGGUUAACAGGUUGUUCAUCCAACAGACAAAUAUUACCAACUCUAAGGACCAGAAGAAGAUGCUGAA